AUGUCUAAUUCGUCCUUUUUCGACUUUCACUGCCCACUUGGGGGCAAAUGGUAUGCCUGUGCCAGUGGUAGUAAUUUUGUAGGAUGCUGCACGUCAGACCCAUGCGCGAAUGGUUGCGUACAAGGGAAUAUCCGGCCCGGCGGUUACAAUAUCUCCCACCAUGGCGAAUGGCCGGAUGCGUCCUGCGGAUCUGCUAGCGACUUCUUCACAUGUAAUGCAGGCGACACUUUCUGGGGAUGCUGCAAGACGAAUCCCUGCGCAGCAACACCACCAGCCACUUGUGCGCAAGGAGAUUUGGUACCUGCAUUCAUGGAACGACCAGAACAAUUCAACACAUACGUAUCACAAGACAAACAGGAGAACCCUUCAGAUUCAGGCAAGACCAACACGGGUGCUAUUGUUGGUGGCGUUGUCGGAGGAGUCGUAGUCUUGGCUAUCAUCGGAGUCAUCAUCUUCAUUGUGCUCCGUAAGAGGAAGAACAAGAAGACAACAGAAGGCGACAUGGGUGCUGCUACCAUGAUGCCCAUGAUGAACAACAACGAGAAGAACGACAACAGUGCUGCCGCAGGGCAUUACGGAGGUCAAUCACCACCUCCUACAUACUCGGCUCCAAUCCAGAACUCUUACCAGGCUACUUCUCCCGGCAAGGGACAUGAGUCGUAUCAUCAGUAUGCCAGCCACGCAACCGAGCCGCAAGAGCUCCCUGCGGAUUCUUCCUCUUCCCACAACAGAUUCUCUGAGCUUCCAGCCGGUGCUUCAAAUGUCAUGGACAACCGACGAUUCUCAGAACUUCCUGCAGAUGCUGGUCGCCCUGGCCCUUCAGAACUCGAGUCACCAUACGCCACUCCAUUCGUUUCUCCAUUGCCUACACAACAAGAGUUCUCCGGCGAUAUGGCGAAACGAGCCAGCCGUCAAGGACUUGGUGUUUCGACUAAUCAACCGUGA